AUGGCGUGGGGUGGCGACGAGGACAGACGUCCUGACGCGGAAGAGGAAGAUGAGCUUGACGAGGCUGACUAUAAAACCCAAAAGGAUGCGGUGCUCUUCGCCAUCGAUGUUAGUUCGUCUAUGCUUGAACAACCCCCCAGCACGGGUAGCAAGAAGGCCGAUAAAGAUUCGGCCGUUUCUGCCGCCUUGAAAUGCGCCUAUCAAUUCAUGCAGCAGCGCAUCAUCGCGCAACCAAAGGAUAUGAUGGGAAUCCUUCUCUUUGGUACCGAAAAGUCCCGAUUCCGCGAUGAAACCGGGGGGCGAAGCGGAUCCGGCUAUCCCCACUGCUAUCUCUUCACAGACCUCGACGUCCCCGCUGCCGAGGAUGUCAAGAGCUUGAAGGCUUUAGUGGAAGAGGACGAAGACCCAGAUGAGGUGCUCGUCCCAGCGAAGCAACCAGCUUCGAUGGCCAAUGUGCUUUUCUGUGCCAACCAGGUGUUUACAACCAAUGCGGCAAACUUUGGGUCUCGCCGCCUGUUCAUCAUCACCGACAACGAUAGUCCACAUGGCACAGACAAGAACGCCAAGUCAUCGGCAGCGGUCCGCGCAAAGGAUCUGUUUGAUCUCGGAAUCGUCAUCGAGCUUUUCCCUGUUAGUCGCGCGGAGAAGGCGUUUGACGUAUCCAAGUUUUACGAUGACAUCGUCUAUCGUGAUCCAACCGCUGAAGCCGGGGCUUCAGAUGAUGUGAAAACCUCCAAGUCGGGCGAUGGGCUUACCCUUCUUAACUCGUUGAUCUCAAACAUCAAUUCAAAACAAACCCCCAAACGGUCGUAUUUUUCGAAUUUACACUUCGAACUCACCCCAAAACUCACAAUCUCCGUCAAGGGCUACCUGCCCCUCCACCGACAACAACCUGCACGGACGUGUUAUGUUUGGAUGGGAGGAGUGGAAGCAAAACUCGCACAAUCCGAAACCAUCAAAGUGGAUUCGGCCACGAGGACGGUUGAGAAGGCGGAGAUCAAGAAAGCAUACAAGUUUGGUGGCGAGUACAUCUACUUCAAGCCCGAGGAAGCCGCAUCCCUCAAGAAUCUUGGGGGUAAGGUAUUGAGGCUCAUUGGGUUCAAGCCGCGUUCUUUGCUCCCCAUGUGGGCGUCAGUGAAGAAGUCCACGUUCAUUUUCCCCAGCGAGGAAUCAUUCGUCGGAUCAACCCGUGUCUUCUCUGCCUUGUGGCAGAAGCUCCUCGAUUCCGACAAAGUGGGCAUCGCAUGGUUUGUCGCUCGUGAGAACGCGAACCCCAUCUUAGUGGCCAUCGUCCCUUCGAGAGCCAUGGAUGAUGAUUCAUCAGAAACACCAUAUCUCCCUGCCGGUCUUUGGCUGUACCAGCUACCGUUCGCCGAUGAUGUCAGGAACGUGGAGUUGUCGGCACCUCCUCGGCCAGCGGACGAGCUCACGGACAAGAUGCGGGAGAUCGUACAGAAUUUGCAACUCCCAAAGGCCAUGUACAACCCGAUGAAAUACCCUAACCCAUCCCUCCAGUGGCAUUACAAAAUCCUGCAAGCCAUGGCGUUGGAAGAAGACGUUCCGGAAAGUCUUGACGACCCGACAAUCCCAAAAUACAGGCAGAUCGACAAGCGAGUGGGCGGUUACAUGGCGGAGUGGAAAGAGGCAUUGGCCGAAAAGGCUGCCGGGCUCAUGAAGAGCCGCGCGGUAAAACGCGAGGCGGAGGAUGAGGAUGGGGGGCGACCACUGGUCAAGCGUGCCAAAGCCGCUCCGAAAAAGGGAGCCACUGGAAGCCAGCUGAGUAAUGCUCAACUCAAGGCUGCGAUGGAACAGGAUGCGCUCAAGAAGAUGACGGUGGCCGAAUUGAAGGAUAUCUUGGCUGGGAAGGGGAUCAGUGCGGUGGGCAAGAAGGCUGAGCUGGUCGAGAAAUUAGAGCAUCUUGUAAAACAAUCACGGCCCAGCGACGGGGCGAUGAAGGCGCUUCUAGGACUGGCUGCCAGCAAUACCUGUGGCUCCCUCGCCGACCUCCAGUCACAGCUGCGCGACUUGCCCCACGGCCGGGUAACCGAUACCCAUGCCGAGCAUACCUCGAAUACCUUCCAAAUCCGAGCGACCGCCGUGUUCGAAAUCCCCGGGACAGCCACCAACAAUGGGACCCCCGAUGGGGGCACGCCUAAUAUUGACCCGUCGCUCGGCGGCGGCGGGGCACAAUCCAAUGCGACACCUGGGGCUGGCGUGGAUGGGAACGGGGCUAGACCGCAGCAGCCGGCUCAGCGGGUUAACGCGAUGGAUGCGUUGAUCAACCAGCCGGCGGAUGACCCGGUCCUGCAGACGGCGAUCGCGCGGCUGAUUAUAUCGGCGCUCAGUGAGGUGAACUCGAGCAGCUGGGUGGUGCGCCAGGUUUCCAGGAACGACCAGUGCUGGGCGUUUACAUACCUUUGCAAGGACUCGUGGCAGACAUGGAGUCGGCAGACGUCUAAAACACCAGCAAAGUUGGCGAUUGGAGAGUGGAGUGAGAAGAGCGGACAGGAUCCAAUUCACAUGUCUCGACCAGCUUUUGAUUGCCGCGGGUCCGUCAAGAUUUCUUUCGUCAAGUCCACCAAGACCAUCGAUGUCAAAUACGAGCACACGCCCAUCCACAAGACUGUUGCGGAACUGAUCGAACUUCUCGCGCCUGCCCGGCCCCCGCCUAUUGCCCUCCCACUUUCGAACAACCCGGCGAAGAAGAAGACCAAGGAGCCGAAGGAGCCCAGGGCGCCCAGAGAACCAAAGCCGAAAACACCGAGACCUCCAAGGAGGCGCGGGGGGGAGAACGGUGAAGGCUCCCAGCCGUCAAAGAGGAGGAAGAGCAAAGGUGCCGCCGCUAUUCUGCCCCCAGAAAUGCCCGGCGCGCUUCCCGUGGGCGAGUCAUCAACCAGAGAACUUUAUAACACCCAAAGUGGGGAUGGGAUACCACCACCAGGGGGAUCGAGCAGCUACCCUGAGGGUCUGGUGGGCGCUGAUGGCACGGCCGGGACCUCAGCUCCGAGCGAUGUACACGCACAUUCGAUAUUGAAUUUACCACCUGGAGAAGCCGCUAGACGGUGGGAAGUGGCCAUGAAGUUGCUCAACGACAGCAACCUAGACCCACGAACUCUGUCAACCGAGCAGUUCAGCAUAUUCGCCAAUCAGUCCCCGGAGCUACAGCAAGAUUCUCUUGCUAUGUUGAUCAAGUACGGCGCUGAGCGUUUGCGCAUUGUCCAUCCCGGCGGGAACGAAUCAGAGUCUUCAGAGCCGACCCCCAACCCACCACCAGUUCCUGAGCUGGCGACAGUCACGCCACAGCCGGAGGCGCCGAAGAAGAAAUCACGGAACAAGACGGCCGAGGGCGCCGAAGGAGGUGGCAGGCCACGGAUUUGUAAUAAUUGCCGCAGAAGGAGAUUCACGGGCAAGUGCGACAAAGCAAAGCCGUCUUGCUCAUUGUGUAUCGAAUUAGGCGUAGAAUGCGUUUACUCCGCCCCUCCGCCGAGAAAGAAAAAGACCGCGGAACCUACUCCGGAUGCCUUGGAGCAAAACGGUGCCCAGGUGCCAGAAGAGCAAUCAGAUGUGCUGGGCGACCCAGGCUUCACUGUCGAGCCAGCCCCUCGGCCGCCUAGCAACCCGCCCAGCGAGCAGCCGAACCAUCCCAACCAUGAAUCGGGCUCUAUGCAGGACCACUACGACAACAGUGUUUACCUAGCACUGAACGUUUCAGCCUCUGAAUCAAUGCCGCACCAGGCUGAGACGCCUUCAGCUGUGUUCAACACGUCCCACUCCAUUUAUCACCACCCUUCUGGGCUGAGCUUUCCUGAUAUCCCUGAGACGGGAACCGGUGACCUGGCUCAGCCCGGCGUAUUGUCGAAUGCUGGCUCAGAGCCCACGUCGGUCGGCUAUAUACCAAGUUCCAUGGCGGAGAACCCGGACACCUCACUGCAUGCCUUUGCAAACACAGGGGAGCAGGCUUCAACCACUAGAACCAGUUUACCGGGUGGCCAGCCUCCCCGAGCCCCCGAACCGAGCAUGAAUGCAACGGACCCGCAGAGUUCCUGGUCCUCCUUGGCCAACACGACCUCCCAACAACCUGCUAAGUCCUCUCCGCGCCAGGCCAGAGCUAAGAAACCUGCGCCUGUCUCGCAGGGCUACGAUGAUACUCGUCGACAGCCGACGCCGACCAACAAGGGUGGCUCGAGCCAGUCAACGUUUCGUACCGCGCGAACCGCCCGAGACUCCCCGUUCCAACCUCCCGCGCAACCUGCUCGAGCCACAUCCCGCCAGAGCAACCGGGCAGUCACCGCUACGCCCCAACCGGCCACCUCGGAUCAAGUGCACGAGUCAUCGAUGGAUCGCUCCAACCAGCAGGGCUCAUAUUCGUCAGCGGAGAACAGCUACAAUACACGAGCGCCGACCGCUGCGGCCCCGACCUACCCAGAAACAGUAUCCCAGAAUGUGGCUUCGUCUACAGCACAAUGGAGCGCGUCGACCUCUAGCCCACAAACGAGGAAUGCCCAUGUAUAUAAUGCCACACAGUCGGUCGCGGGCAAUACAUCUUACAACACGGCUUCUAAUACCGGCCAGUCGCAGAUGCUGCAGGACUUCAACGUUCGCCCAACCCCCUCUCAGCCUAGGACGUCUGCGAGUGGACAGCAGCCGAAACCUCAACAACCACAACAGCAGCAGAGCUAUAACGGGUACAUGAACAAUAUGACCCAACAUCGACAGCCAUCCCAACAGACGCAGCAACAACAAGCGCACCAACCACAACAACAAGCACAACAAACCAACAACAACGCCUACGCGGACUAG